GUGUUCCCACGCUAGGAGCUGGCUCGAGUCCCGGCGUUGCUCCAUCCCACCCAGGUCCCAGAAAUCCCAAAUCCUGGCACAGCACAGAGGUGGCUGCCUACCGCUCCCCGCCCCGGGAGACGGAGCCAGGAGACGCACGACCACGCUGGUCCCCUCUGGGCUGGGGGAGACACCUCUCCCCAUAAGGCCGGACAUUAUCUUGAGGAGAAGCAGGCAGCAGUGUUUGCAGGCAGGAGAGGAUGCAGCACCACGUGGACAACACACAGGCAGGGGACGGGACGGAAGCAGAGCAGGACGAAGCCCCUCUGCUUGCUCAGCAGCCCUCCUUCCGCACAGGGCUCUGCUCCGCUCGCUGUGGCCUGGCCCUGGUCCUGCACAUCUCUCUCUUCGUGGCAUACGCACUCCGGGUCAGCCUCAGCAUCGCCAUCGUUGCCAUGACUAACAGCAGCCAUCCCCAUGGCUGGUCCGGCAGUGCUCCCCACAGCUCCUACCCAGCAUUUGCUCAGGACGCCCCCGUGUACAACUGGAGCGCUGAAACUCAAGGAAUUGUGCUCAGCUCCUUCUUCUACGGCUACGGCCUCACACAGGCGCUGGGCGGGUACUGCUCAGGGCUACUCGGGGGUAAACCCGUCCUGGGCAGCGGGCUCCUGCUCUCCUCUGUGCUCACCCUCCUCGUGCCCCAAGCAGCAGAGCUCGGCGUGAGCUUCCUCGUCGGGCUGCAGGCGCUGCUGGGCUUGGCUGAGGGAGUGAUAUUUCCAGCUCAGUACACGCUCUGGGCAAAAUGGGCCCCUCCGCUGGAACGCAGCAGGCUCAUGAACAUUGCUGAUGCUGGAUGCACUUUUGGGACUUUCUUUGCUCUCCUUGUGGCUGGGAUCAUCUGUCAGACUCUGGGGUGGCCUUUUGUCUUCUACAUCUUUGGUAGUGUUGGCUGUGUCUGGUGCCUCUGCUGGUUCCUCCUCGUGUACGAGGAUCCUGCACAUCACCCAUGGAUUAGUGCCAGGGAGCAGGAGUACAUCGUGUCAUUGCUGGCUCAUCAGGGCAGCUCUCAUGGCUACUCCCUCCCACUUGUGGCCAUGGCUAAAUCACUGCCUCUUUGGGCAAUCACCAUUGCCUGCUUCUGCACAGACUGGCUGUUCUACAUGCUGCUGACCUCCAUGCCCAUGUUCAUGAGCAACGUCCUCCACUUUGACCUCAGAGAGAACGGGCUCCUCUCCUCCCUGCCUUAUGUUGGGAAUGGGCUGGGGCACAUCCUGGCUGGGCUGCUGGCUGAUUUCCUCCUAGCCAGGCGAGUGCUUGGCACAGCAGCUGUCAGGAAGCUCUUCUCAGCACUUGGGAUGCUGCUCCCAGCCAUCUUCCUGGUGGCUGUGCCUUACAUUGGCUGCAGUUCCACAGUUGUUGUGGUCCUUCUAACACUGGCCUUGACAAUAAUCAGCAUGACAGGGGCAGGCAUCAAUAUUAACCACAUCGAUAUAGCGCCCAGAUAUGCAGGGUUCCUGCUGGGAAUCACAAAUACCUUUGGAAUAGUCGCAGGAAUUAUUGCUCCUACCGCAGUUGGACUUCUUGUCAGCCAGGAUCUCCAGACUGGCUGGAGGAAUGCCUUCUUCGUAUCUGCAGCCCUCAACUUGUUUGGCCUGAUCUUCUACAUAGCCUUUGGCAGCAGUACCAUCCAAGACUGGGCUAGGGAGGACACUGCUGUGCAAUGAGAGCCACAGGCAUGGGAAGGUACACAGGGGAAUGGGCUGCAAACGGGCACGGGUCAGGCAGGAGCUCCCUCCACUACCCUGCUCUCGCCUGCGCAGCAAAGUUCAGCUGUCCCUGCCUGCUCCUGGGGCCCUUGCAGCAUCCUCAGGUGAUGGCAUGAGCCACGCAGCCCUGCCUGCACUCUGACUCUUGAAGUGCCCAGCACCUUCACCCAGCUCUGUCCACCUCCUGAUCCCAAUCUACUCUCCUGGGGAGGCACCAGCCCUGCAACCCACACUGCCUGCUGUGCAUUUAACCCUGCCCUCAGCCUUUGCCCACAGGAAGGAAUGCUGCAGCGUGGACACAUCCUAAACGGGAUCCAUGGAGAGCUGGUAAAGCUGGUUGUUAGCUGAGCUCUGUAAGGAGCCUGCAGCUAUUUCCAGCAAAGCUGUUCUUACGUGAAGUAAAUUGAUAAUGAA